AUGCUCCCAUCUGAUAUGUUACAACAAAACACUCAACGGGUGAUCCAGCAAACUUUAGGCCUCAGUCCACCUUGGGGAUUACUAUAUGAGUUCACCGAUAAGCUCUACAGCAGCUGUCAUGACGCGGAGCGACUUAUUUGCCCUAAAACGGUUACAGACAGGUUUCUUGAGAUCUACAUAGGCCCAACAGAAAGCAAGAGGAACUUUGGAUCAAAGACUAGUGCUGCGUCUACCCCAAAAGAAAGAAAACUUUCCCUUUCUGAUUAUGAGAUUACGGAUCACGAGAACCCCUCACCUACAGAUGGACGAGAGAUCAUCACUGCUUUGAUUGGCCACAUCGAGGUCAAUGGGCAGUCAUUCUGGACCCAGGGUAUCGGCAACGGAGCAAUAGGAUGUUUGAAUGAAUCUCUUCUUCACUCGAUAGGUCUGGUUGUUGAGAUACUCGAAAUCGAAACCACCUAUAUUGAACAUGAUUCCGCCAUCAACUUGAAGCUUGUCGAGGAUGGUUUGGUAUCGGGCAAAGCGAUUAUCUCCUAUGUGAGGUGUUCAGAUGUCACCUCAUGUACUGCUUGGGGCAUCGGAAUAGAUGAAAAUGGAGUGCGUGCAUCUAUGAAAGCUCUUCUCCAAGUUGCAACAACUGUGAGUUCAUUCCAAGGUUAG